UCACCCCCCUGAUUUACGUAAUAUGUGGCAAAAACCUCGAAAAUCGUGAAAUUACCCAACCCUGCCGGGAGUAUGAAAAAAUCGAGCAUUAGGCUUUACUAUACAACUCAAGUUAACCAAAGUUUAACAUGUUUAUACUUCGUUUAAACCUGCUGUAAACCAAUUAUACUCCGGUUAACUCUGGCGUGGAACCAGACCAGUAGUUAACACGUAAAACUAUAUAAGUAUUGUUGAAACAAAAAUGAUGUGCAUUUCUAAAAGGACUCGAUAUCUAUUAUGUUUUUUUCCUGUAGAAUAUUUCAAACGUGAUAACAUAAACGAUUCAAAGGAAUCUUAUACGGAUAAUAUGGAACUUACAGGUGCUGACAGAUUAAGGAGAGUAUUUAGCCAAAACGAAUUUGGGGAUUUGAGCCCAGAAUUAGCAAAUAUUGUGCAAGGAACCAGUUGUGCUACUCUUCUGGGUGGAUGCAUUGGUGCAUUUGUAUAUUCUAGGACAGCUUUUAUAAACUUUAUAGAGAACAAUCAGGCCACUCAAUUUCAAAGCCACAUUGAUGCCAAGAGAAAACUGCAGGAUACCGUUUCAUUGGGCCUCUUCAGAGGAGGCAUUCGCUGGGGCUCGCGCAUUGGACUUUUUUGUUGCUCUUAUUUAACCAUCAGUACCCUUAUAUCGGUAUAUCGUGGUAAAUCAUCGGUAAUUGAAUAUACAGCAGCUGGUUCGGUCACAGGAGGACUCUUUAGGUUUCAUUUAGGAUUGCGAGCAAUAUUUGUAGGAACAGCCCUUGGUGCAAUAUUUGGAACCAUUGCUGGCUGUGGUACAUUACUUACUCUUUGGAUGACAGGAACAACCGUAGAAGAAAUUCGUUUUUGGCACUAUGGAUGGAGAGAAAACAGAAAUAAAUUAAUACGAGAAGGUCUGAAAGAAGCUAGAAUGAAUCAGUUGCCAGAAUUGUUGCAAAAACACAAUGAACUUGUAGAUCAACGGGCAGCAGAAGUAGUAAAGACAGAAUCUGAGAAAAAUGAAAAACUAACGAAAGUAGAAUAAGAUGGAGCCCAAUUUAAAGAAAAAAAAUUGAAACAAAUUAUGAAUAGACAGUGGUAGAAAUGUUAAUGAAAUCAGAAACAUAGAAAAGUGAGAAACUGUAGAUAAAUGAAACGUGUGGAAGGACAAAUAAAUAAAGCAACAGCACCCAUAACGUACAUAUAA